AUGGAAAAUAAAUCAGCGGAUAUCAAUCAGCCGAUUGAUAUAAACGAUGUCUAUAAUCCAUUACCUAUAAUUCUAAUCGUAUUCUUAGUAGUCUAUCUCUGUAUCGUAUUCAUAGCCUUUGUUUUAGUUUUAAAACUAUGUCCGGGAAAAUUAAAACAAAAACCUUCGAACUUCAGCAUACCACUACCUCCGACAUUUAUGGAUUGUUCUUUCAUAACCAUUUGUUUUCCAUGUUUAGAUUGUAGUUUACGAAGUUUGUUACGAGCUCUCUGUCCGAGCAGGGAAAAGUUAGAAAGGCUCAAAGCGAACUGCUCAUGUCAACGACCCGAUCAGUGGGAUUUCGUUUGUUGUGUUUGUGUUUGA